GCCAAAACCUGCCCGCGUUCGCCAGCAACCACAUUCACUCUGCACCUUGCAGCAUCAUCUGAGCGUCGUCCAUGUUCCGGCUGCGCUGUCUCCCGAGCCAGCGUGUGAUUCAAUUCCGUGCGAACCCCACGGCGACGAUCAGCCGCGCCCCCCUACUGGUCGGCCCUGGACUCCAAGAUGUCCCUCUUUUGCCGGCAUCAAGCAGACGGCAGCUGAGAGGGAAGAAGACAAAGACGACAGUCAAGCUAUCGGAGCUGCCUCAAGGAGCAAUCCGCCUUGAGACGGCGCAGUCGCACGAGGACGACCAUGGCCCGGCCUAUCCAACCGUAGUGCUCCAAGCGCGGCGCAACAUGCAAAAAUUCGCCAAUUGUGUGCUGCUCACCCGCGUCGGCGGCUUCUACGAGCUGUACUUUGAGCAUGCCGAGGAGCUUGCGCCUCUUCUGAACCUCAAGCUUGCCUCCAAGAAGACGAGUGCCGGACCCGUGUCCAUGGCGGGCUUCCCAUUCUUCCAACUGGAGCGGUAUCUCAAGGUGCUCGUCCAGGACCUCAGCCGCUAUGUGGCCAUAGCCGAGGAGUUCCCCAACGAUGCGGCCGACAGGGUCAAAUCGGGCGGGUUGAUGCAUGAUCGAAGGGUAGCCCGAAUCAUUACUCCAGGCACACUGAUAGAUGAGAAUUUCAUCGAUCCUUACUCCAGCAACUAUGUAAUGGCAAUCUACGUCUGCCAACAUCUAACAAAGCCUGCAAGCCAGUCUUCAGACAAAGACCAUCGUGACGUUGUCGCAUCUUCGGGGGCCUGCGCCACCCCCCUCGGCGUCGCAUGGCUAGAUCUCUCUACUGGCCAAUUCUUCACGCAGUCGUCAGAUCUGGCUUCACUAUCCUCAAUUCUAUCAAGAAUUUCUCCUCGCGAAGUCGUUCUUGACCAAGAUUUUGAGUCUCACAAGGACCACGAUAUCUUCUCGGUCUUGGCCGAAGACCGACACCUUGUCACGUAUUCCCCUCAGGGUGAACUGCAAGAUAUAUCCGAUUGGACUCCGUUACUUGAGGCGGAAAUGUCGGAAACUGUGAGGCGCACUUUUACCGAGGAGGAAGUCUUUGCGGGCACGCUGGUGCUCAACUACGUCAAAGACCGGCUGCAGGGCAUGGCGAUGAAGCUCCAGCCACCGUUGCGGCACGACAGCAUGCAAAUCAUGAACAUUGAUAAGAACAGCUUGCGCGCCUUAGAGGUGAAGCAGACGCUCCGUGACGGCUUCUUUCGCGGUAGCCUCCUCCACGCGAUCCGGCGAACUGUUACAAAGAGUGGAGCUCGUCUUCUCAACGAGUGGCUUAGCUCACCGUCCACAUCUCUCGAAGUCAUCAACAAGAGGCAGGAUCUGGUGGCUCGAUUCAUCGCUGACGAUGAACUCCGCGAUACGGCGGUCGUACUUUUGCGGAAAAGUCACGACUCUCAGCGACUCGUUCAAAAGUUUACCCUCGGAAGAGGCGACGCGGACGACUUGCUGGCCUUAGCCAGCACUAUCCGCGCCACCGAGGAUAUGGUGGAUUUGCUUAAGCAAGCAGUUGCAGUACCUAUGGAAGAACCAGAAGAGGAUUGCAUUGAUGCCCUGAUUUCUCGGAUCGAUCUUCAGAAACCCUCAAAGCUCGCCCAGCGAAUAAGAGACGCCAUCGAUGAGGAGGGCAUAGUCUACCAACACGAGGUCGAGGAUUCUGAGGCCAGUCAGAUCAUGGCUCUCGCACAGGACAUUGUGUCCUCCGAGGGUUCGCAUCAUGAUGCUUCGUCGCUGCCCAAAGGAAAGAAGAGACGUCCCGCCACUAUAAGGGAGUACUACGCUGAGGACAACGACGCUUGGAUCAUGAAACCGGCCGCGAGUACCACAUUGAAGAAGUUACAUUCCGAGCUUUCUUCGUUGAUGGGUGAAAGGGACACUCUAGGGGAGACUCUGCGUGAAAGUCUCGGAGCCUCAAGCCUCACCCUCAAAUGGACACCUGGUCUGGGCCAUAUUGCCCACAUUAAGGGCAAGGAUACGAGAAGCCUCACGAACAUCAAAACGCUGUCCUCCAGUCGUUCCACGCGCUCUUUUCACCUUCCCGAGUGGACAGCGCUUGGACAGCGCCUCGACCAGGCUCGGUUUCAAAUCAGGCGCGAGGAGCAGCGUGUACUGCAGUCGCUACGCGAGCAGGUGGUCCUCAACCUUGUGAAGUUACGACGAAACGCGGCCGUGUUAGAUGAGCUCGACAUCGCCACGUCCUUCGCAAAGCUUGCUGAGGAGCAGAACCUGGUUCGACCACGACUCAACAACUCAACAUGCCAUACCGUCAUCGGAGGGCGACAUCCCACAGUAGAGGGUGGUUUGCUCGAGCAGGGACGCACCUUUGUUCGAAACGACUGCGUGGUCGGCUCGGCCAAUCGCGGAUUCAUAUGGCUCAUAACAGGCCCAAACAUGGCAGGCAAGAGUACCUUUCUACGCCAAAACGCCCUGAUCACGAUACUCGCACAAAUAGGCUGCUACGUGCCCGCGUCUUAUGCCGAACUGGGGAUUGUCGACGCCAUCUUCAGCCGAGUUGGGUCAGCGGACAAUCUGUAUCGUGACCAGAGCACCUUCAUGGUUGAGAUGCUGGAGACUGCGCAUAUUCUUAAACAGGCUACCUCACGAUCAUUUGUCAUUAUGGAUGAGAUCGGCCGAGGCACUACGCCUGAAGACGGAACGGCCGUCUCGUUUGCCUGCCUGCACCAUCUUGCUACCGUCAACCAAUGCAGGACGCUCUUUGCGACGCACUUCCACGAAGUCGCCGACCUGGCUGCCGCAAACGGACUGUGCAAGCCAAAUCACGGUGCUGUGCACACAUAUUGUACAGGUGUGGAGGAAGACGGUUCGGGUGGAUUUGUCUACGUGCACAGGCUACGGAAAGGGGUCAAUAGGCAAAGCCAUGCGCUCAAGGUUGCCAGACUGGCUGGAUUGCCCCAACGGGCUAUCGACAUGGCUGAGAAGGUCCUGAGCAAGAACAGCUUCGCGAAUCAUGUAGCACAGACACAUCACUGAGAGGCAUGAGUACGGUCUUGGGAUGCAAGAAUAUUUGCGAGACGCGUCUGGGACCUUCUUGCAAGUUAGCUAUGAUAUCCUCAAAAUGGUAGAGGCGAGAUGAGAGAGAUAGCAACGUUGAUUCGUUCAUACAGUGUUGAUGUACGUGUCCACAGGAG